AUGGAGUGUUCCCUUUCUUCUUCUCCACUUUCUCCUUAUUUUCACAUCAUUUUCACAGCCUUUGCAUUCAUUUUAUCAGGGUUAAUCUUCUUGUUUACCCGUAAAUCCAAGACCAAAAACCUCCGCCUGCCUCCAGGCCCGCCAGGAUGGCCGGUGGUGGGAAACCUAUUCCAAUUUGCACGUUCCGGCAAGCCAUUUUUUGAAUACGUAAGGGAAGUACUCAUACCCAAAUAUGGCCAAAUUCUGACACUCAAAAUGGGCACUAGAACUAUGAUUAUAAUCAGCAGUGCAGAUUUAGCCUAUGAAGCACUGAUUGAAAAGAGUCAGAUUUUCGCCUCUCGGCCGAGAGAGAACCCGACGAGAACCAUUUUCAGCUGCAAUAAGUUUACAGUAAACGCCGCCUUGUACGGCCCCGUGUGGCGGUCCUUGCGGCGGAACAUGGUGCAGAACGCGCUCAGUGCAAGUAAACUCAGAGAAUUCCGACGAGCCCGGGAGACUGCAAUGGAUAAACUGAUCGAGAGGCUGAAGGCCGAGGCCGAGGCUGAGAGCGGUAUUGUUUCUGUGCUGAAAAACGCCCGAUCUGCUGCUUUCUACAUACUUUUAGCCAUGUGUUUUGGUGUAGAAAUGGAUCAAAAAAUGAUUGAUACAAUCGAUCAGAUGAUGAAAACAGUCCUCAUUGUUCUUGAUCCAAGACUAGAUGAUUAUCUUCCAAUUCUAAGCCCAUUUUUCUCCAAACAAAGAAAAAGGGUUCACGAAGUUAGAAAAGAACAGAUCGAAACUUUAGUCCCUUUGAUCGAAAAACGUCGAAAUGCAAUAAAAAACCCUGGAUCUGAUCCAACCGCUGCUUCAUUUUCAUAUAUCGACACCCUUUUUGAUUUAAAGAUUGAGGGCAGGGAAUCUUCACCUUCAAACCCUGAAAUUGUUACGCUUUGCUCCGAGUUCUUGAAUGGAGGAACUGAUACAACAGGCACAGCAAUCGAAUGGGCCAUAGGAAGAAUGAUCGAAAAUCCUGUGAUUCAAUCAAGAUUAUAUGAUGAGAUCAAAUCAACGGUGGGUGAUCGAAAAGUUGACGAAAAGGAUGUAGCGAAAAUGCCAUAUUUAAUCGCUGUAGUAAAAGAAUUGCUGCGUAAACACCCUCCCACGUACUUUUCCUUGACUCAUGCAGUAACUGAGCAAGCCAAGUUAGCGGGCUAUGAUAUUCCGACAGACACAAAUGUGGAGUUUUUCUUGCCGGGUAUUUCGGAGGAUCCGAAAAUCUGGUCCAACCCUGAAAAGUUCGACCCGGACAGAUUCUUCACCGGACGGGAAGACGCUGAUAUCACCGGGGUAACCGGAGUGAAAAUGAUUCCGUUUGGGAUUGGGAGGAGAAUUUGUCCAGGGCUAAACAUGGCUACAGUUCAUGUGCAUUUGAUGAUUGCACGAAUGGUUCAAGAAUUCGAAUGGUUCGCUCACCCGGAAAAUAGCAAAGUGGAUUUCAGUGAGAAGCUAGAGUUUACAGUGGUGAUGAAGAAUCCUCUAAGAGCCAAGAUCAAGCCACGGACAUAG